AUGAAGUCCAUGUUAUGUGAAGACAUUCUGUAUCAGCAACGAAAGAUAACUGGUAUUGCAGAUUUGGAUCUUCAACAAGAAGAACUUGAAAAUAUCUGUCUAUCUGAAAUUGAAAAGUUGCUACUUACCAAUGGAAGUACAGUGAGAAAUUUUGAUGAUAUGCCAAGUGUUCCGAACAAUUAUGUUUCAUCGUCGAACAAUCGAUUGAUAAUGAAAGAAUUAUCGUAUGAGAGACUAGCUCUUCAAAGUGAACAUGAUCGUUAUGUAAAGUGUUUAACUGCCGAACAGGAAAGGAUAUAUAAAAUUGUUAUGGAAGCGAUUGAAAAAGGUGAUGGAGGUGUGUUUUUUGUAUAUGGUUAUGGUGGAACUGGAAAGACGUUUCUUUGGAAGACAUUCUCAGCUGCAUUACGAUCAAAAGGUGAAGUUGUAUUGAAUGUUGCAUCCAGUGGAAUUGCUUCACUUUUGCUGGAUGGUGGUAGAACUACUCAUUCAAGGUUUGUAAUUCCAAUCAACAUUAAUGAGAAUUCAAUAUGUUCGAUAGAGCCUAAUACUGAGUUAGGUGAUUUAAUUAAAAGAGAAACAUUGAUUAUUUGGGAUGAAGCACCUACGACUCACAAGCAUUGUUUCGAGGCUCUUGAUAGAACAAUGAGAGACAUAUCACGUUCCAGUCAAUCGAACAUGCAAUCGAAGCCGUUUGGGGGAAAGGUCAAUCUAUUUGGUGGUGAUUUUAGACAAAUUCUUCCGGUCAUCCCUAAAGGUACCAGAACAAUGAUAGUCAAUGCUUCUUUGAAUUCUUCUUAUAUAUGGCGGCACUGUCAAGUACUAAAGCUAACUGAGAAUAUGAGAUUAAGAGUUGGUUGUCAGGAAGCAGAUUUGAAAGAAAUAAAGGAAUUUGGAGAAUGGAUUUUAAAGCUUGGUGAUGGUCUGCUUGGUGAAGAAAAUGAUGGUGAGAUUGAUAUUGAAAUACCAGAUGAUUUACUUAUUCAUGACCAAGUCAAUCCUAUUUCUUCUCUCAUUUCAUUUAUAUAUCGGGACAUGAAUAAGUUUUUGUGGGAUUUAACGUAUUUUCAACAAAGAGCGAUUAUUGCUCCAACUAAUGAAGUAGUGGAUUCAAUAAAUAAAGAGUUGUUAGAGAGUCUGCCCGGUGAAGAAAAGAUUUAUUUUAGUUUAGAUAGUUUAUGCCAAUCGGAGGAAGAAUCAAAGCUUAAUAUGGCAUUGUUUCCUCAUGAUGUGUUAAACAAUCUUCGUUUAUCUGGUUUACUGAUGUAA